UUAAAACGCCGACGCAAGCCGUGAGAAUAUCGAAAACCACCGCCGACGUUCGUUCAGCAGAGUGGCCGCUUUACAUUUUCGCGCUGUGAUGACAACAUCAACAUUGCGGAUGUAGUACUUCCGAAUUCCUUUCAUACUAUAGAACGUUCAUUUUAACGGUCUGGAAGUAAGUUCAAAUUCAAAUGUAGCACUCAAGCAGUACGCGAUUUCGAACGCAGCGUUUGUGACUCGAGCGAACAGUUCGCGCGGCGCCGCAGUCAACAUGAACAACUUCGAACAAAUGUUGGCUGAACAGGUACGCUUGUACAGACAUCUUUAUGAUCCGUCCAUGCGUGCUCACAGAGACGGCCAGAUGGCAAAGAACUCUUGGCGAGAAAUUGCAGCCACCGUGGGAAAGGAAGAAAGUGUUUGCAAGAAAGUCUGGAAGAACUUAAGAGAUCAGUUUGAAAAGGCAAACAAGAGAGUUCAUGGUAAAAGUGGAGACCCAGCUGGAUUCAAACAUGCGUCACCCAUCCUCUCAGAGCUUGGCUGGUUAUCACAAUUUGUGAAACACCGGGAAACGGAUUCAACGAUGGAUUAUGAGGAGGAAGGUAGUGUGGCCUCCAAUCAUUGGCAGGAAAGCAGCAGUAGGCUACUGAAGGUUGACCUAUCUCCUCCGCUGCCAGCAGCUCCUACAUGUACAACCUCUCUCUGCUCAGAUACAUCUUUUCCUCAAAGCAUCUCCGUUUGUUCCCCUAAAUCGCUGCCAGGCUCUGCAUGUAAGAGAAAACGGAACACCAAGGAUGUUCUUUUGAAGAGAUUGGAGAGGUUGGACCAGGAAAGGGAAAUGGCAAGACAGCAGGACAACGAGGACUACAGAUGUGGUGUUGUUAUUGCAGACAUGUUGUCAAAGGUGACCCUGAAGAGAAGACGCGUGUGAAGUUCAGGCUCUUAAAAAUAAAGGUGCUUCAAAAGGUUCUU